AUGGUCCAAUUCAAAGGGCAAAGCUAUGUCAAAUAUUAUAUGCGUGGAAAACCACAUCCUUGGGGCUUCAAAAUUUAUUUAUUAUGUGAGUCAAGUAGUCUUGUGUAUGAUUUGUUAAUGUAUCAAGGAGGAAAUACAGAAAUUAACGAGCAAGAAAAACAAAUUUACGGGUUUGGUGGAGCAGUAGUUCUAAAACUUAUAAAUGACAUAGUAAAACCAAGCCAACAUUAUUUAUACUUUGAUAAUUUCUUUACCAGUUUUAAUUUAAUUCAUGCAUUAGAUGAAAUGAAAAUUUAUGUCACCGGUACGGCCAAAACUAAUCGUUUUGUGAAUCCGCCUCUACUUAGUGAUAAAACUAUGUCUAAUUUAGGUCGUGGUGCUUCUUUUGAAAUUUCUUCAGCCGUGCCUAAUACUAAUAUAGGUAUGCUAAAGUGGUACGAUUCAAAAUCAGUUGUAUUGGUGACUAACUGUAUUACAUCAGGGACGCCUGAUACGGUAAGACGAUGGAAUAAAAACAAAAAAAAUUACGAAAAAGUUGAUCGCCCAGAAAUUAUUUUAAACUAUAACACUUCAAUGGGAGGUGUUGAUAAACACGACAUGCUUAAUAGUUUAUUUCUAACUCAUAUAAAAUCUAAUAAAUGGACCUUACGUCUUAUAACAUAUGCGUUUGAUAUGGCUACAAUUAACUCGUGGCUAGAAUAUCGUAUCGAUGCAAAUAAUUUAGGUGUUGAAAAAAAAAUCGACUGGAUUUACUUCAAUUUAAGGAAAGAUUAG